AUGAGCGACUUAAAUUUGAUUUUCUAUAAAGAAUUUAAAAUCACAACAAUGGCAAUGAGAUUCAAUAGAUCCUGGCCGUAUGGAAAACGUAGUAUGUUGUGCAAAAUUCAAGGUUUUCUUUCGUAUUUCGUCAGCGUUGUUUGCUUGUUUUUUCUUCUUUACUCUAUGAUUUUGCACGAUUUCCCGGACGAAGACUAUGGUGAAGGGGUCAAGAACGGGAUGAUUGUAAUAGUUUCCACCUCUGUGGUCAUCAAGUUUUUUAUACUAAUACAUCACCGAGAAUCUCUUGUAAAUUUAAUUAAAAUAGUACAGAACGAUUAUGAGGAAGCGAAGCAAUUUAACAACGACGAUAAAACUAUCAUUUUGGACUACGCUCAAAAGGGGAAGGACAUUUGCAAAAUCUGGAUAGUUAUUGCUGCGGGUGCUAGCAUGAUGUUUCCUAUUAAGGCUAUAGUUUUAAUGGCAUAUUACAGUUACAGGGGAGAAUUUAAACUAGUUCCUAUAUUUGAUAUGAAUUAUCCUGAUGUUAUUAAUGCUCAUAAGUACGAACCAAAGACUUAUCUAUUGCUAUUUCUUUUGGUCUUUCCGUUUGAUUGUUUCGCUGGGACCAUGUACGUAGCAUUUGAUCCCCUUGUUCCUAUAUUUAUGUUGCACAUGUGUGGCCAGCUGCAAUUACUAAGCCAACGAAUUACGGGUUUGUUCUCUCAAAAUGAGGCGGAUAUAAAAGAAAAUUUGAGAAGCAUAAAUAGAAAGCUGCAGUCAAUAUAUAGUUUUUUGAAAACCGUUCAAAAUAUAUUCACCGUGCAAUAUGAAUACAACUUAAAAACAACAACAUUUUUAAUACCAUUUGCUUUUUUUCAAAUCGUUCAGUCUCUGAAAAAUCGUGAAUUCAAUUUGGAGUUCGUUUUCUUCUUUAUUGGGGCUAUUCUACAUUUUUAUAUUCCGUGCUACUACAGUGAUAUGCUCAUGGACAAGAGUGGAAAAAUGCGAGAGGCAAUAUAUUCAAGCGGCUGGGAGCAUAAUGCAAACAUAAAAAACAGAAAAACGAUAUUAUUCAUGUUGACCAGGACUACAAUGCCGCUCGUUAUCCGUACAAUAUUUUACCCCAUUUGUCUUGACACAUUUGCCGGGAUGACUCGCCAUUCCUAUACCAUUUACAAUUUAAUGAACGCUGCAUGGGGAUAA